AUGGGUGACAUUGCAAAGGGAAAGAAGGCCUUCGUUCAGAAAUGCGCCCAGUGCCACACUGUCGAAGAGGGUGGGAAGCACAAAGUGGGUCCAAACCUUUGGGGUCUGUUCGGACGUAAGACUGGUCAGGCUGAGGGCUACUCCUACACAGACGCCAACAAGAGCAAAGGUAGGCCUUUUCACCUGUCCUCCUAGUUAGUGGGAAAUGGCUAGAAGGGAUCCAGAUUGUAAAAUUAACCUUAAACUAAUUCUCCAAACCUGAUGCAUUCAUUUUCCUAACCUGCUACGAAAGUCAAAUCGUCUCGAAUUGGUCUUAUCUAACAAAAUUUGAAAUUGUGUUUUUUACAUUGGAUAAAAGUAGCAACUCGGAGCUAGAAAAUUGUAUCAUACACUACAGUUGAGGAACAAUGGGGAAAGUAAUUCUGCUUUGAAAGUUGAUCAACUUGUAACCACACUUUUGAGAAAAUGGCCCUUGAAUGUUUCGGUACACCUACUAGAGAGCUCUUUGUCUACACCCAUUCAGCAUUGUUUACACCCUCUUAAACCUAUCUCUUUAAGGAUUUGACAUGUGAGGCCAUGUGCAAAACAGACUAAAGGCUGGUUUAUACUACGUCUAUCGUCAUGAACAUUCUAUUGUUGUCCGACAUCAAACUUGUCGUUAUGAAAAGGUAUAAAAACAAAUAACAGGCUGCGUGACAUCAGCAGCCUGGUGGUCCAAAAUAGCAGAACUGGUGUAUUUUAACACCAAUAAACCCAUCUGUUUAAAAAUUAAUUUAGUAUAUGUCAAUCUAGCAAACCAGGCAACUAAAAGCAACUUGUAGUUUCUAGCUUGUUAGCUGGCUAGCCAGUUCAAUUAAUGACCAUAUCAUAGCUGACAAAGAUUUAACUUUAGCUAAUUUUUAUUCAUUAUUACAGGAAAAAAAACUAAACAAGAAUUAUUUACAAGUUAAUGGUGAGCUAAUUAUAGAAAAUAGCUUACGGUUGUGAGUUUGACAAAAUAAAAGCAGGGCAUUCUACCGGAGAUUUUUAGAACUCGUUGGCCUAACGUUAAAUCCUAAUUUGACUUUGGUGCAGGUCAUGUUGUUCUUCACAUUACCGUCUCUGGUAAACGCACACUAUAUCAAAUAAAAUAUAUACGUUUAUUUGUUACAUGCACAGUAUACAGAAGGUGUAAACGGUACAGUGAAAUGGUUACUUGCAUAGUGGAGUCUUUUGUUUAGACAUGUAGCUAGUUAGCUAAACAAUUAACUAUACUCCCAACUCAUAAUGUUACUACCAUGCAUUAAUCUGCAGGUAGCCAAAGCUAACCAACUAGGUUCAAUGUUAGCUAGCUAGCUAACAUUAGGCCAUAACUAGCAAUGCAAAUGACUGUCUGAGAUGCGAAUAAUGUUACUACACAGAUGAUACACGUAACGUUUGCUAGCAAGCCAGCCAGCUAACGUUAGCUAGCUAGCUAACAGUACGCUUUAACUUGCAAUGAAAGCAACUUUCUGACAAAAUUUAAACAUAUCUGAAAAUGUAGCUCGCUAGACUCUCUUACUCAUACAUGGAUGAAUGCUUCUCCCUCUCUGUCAUGGAUGCCAUGGUUGCCCUUAGUUUGAAGAUGUAAUCCGGAGACAGGUGUUUUUAUUACAACAGCCUUCUGUGUGUUCUCUUUUCGACUCCCUCCGCAUAUUUGCAAUCAAACGCCAGAAUUCUCUUAGCUAUCAUACUCUGCUUCCACCAGGCAUUUCACUGAUUUCAAAACUGUCAACUUCUUCUGUGACAACAACACUGUUGAUUGCCGUUUCAGAAGACUACUAUUUUUUUUCUAAAUCAGGGAUUUCCUCAUCGUCUGAUUCAUUUUCGGAGUCAGAGUCAGCAUGGCACGAUAGUCCUCCAGAAAGUGGAGAACAUUAGCAACACUUUUACAGUUCUUUGUAAUAUCUUUUUAAAAAGACGUGUUAGAAAGGAUUACCUACACAUACUGAGCAGCUCAUGUUAUAGAUAGAAGUAUGCUACAUGGCAGACCAAUCCGAACUCAUCUCUCGGGAUGUCCAGCCCAUUCAUUAUCUCAGCUAAUCAUGCCUAGUGGGAAGGUUGCUGUCUUUUUCUGUGGCUAAACCAACUAGGCUCGUAAUUUAACAAUUGUAUUCAUAUUUACAGAUGGCAUAUAAGUUUGCUAUUAAAGUUCACAUGUUCCAGAAGGCAUUUGUGCCACCAAAAAUGCAUUUUGAUGAAGAAUAAAUGUUUACGUUCAAAAUCCUCUCCUGUGAAAUAGUUACGUGCGACAUACGCCUGGUUUGCUGAAACAAGUCACAAUUUGACAAAAGCUGGAUCCCUUCUAGCCAUGACCUAGUUAGUGUGGCUGAGUCAAUUCACAUUUCUGGUCAAGUGAGGAAAUGUAUAGUUGUCCCCAAACUUGCAGGUCAUGAAUAAAAUGUCAGCUAAUUAACUGAAUGUUGUCUUGAUGUACAGAGUUCCUUGCCUUACCUAAGGGAUUGUAUUAUUCUCUUGUAGGCAUUACUUGGGGUGAAGCCACCCUGAUGGAGUACUUGGAAAACCCAAAGAAAUACAUUCCAGGAACAAAGAUGAUCUUUGCUGGCAUCAAGAAGAAGGGCGAGCGCCAAGACCUUGUUUCAUAUUUGAAGUCUGCGACAUCGUAA